CAAUCCGCGUUGUCAUCACACGACUCUCGGAAUCCCCGCUGCCUGAAAGAGGGGAAAAGAAGCUCAAUCAUUUUCCGAAGAGGUAUACGUGUAAACACAGGAAGUGGCACGGGGAUGCCUGCACGCGGAGAAGUGGAGAGAUUCGGUAGGGGACGCUUCAGGUGACCGAGGGAGAUGUUUCGAUGUUCUCUAGAGACACUGGCCAAAACAGCACGUUCUGGUAAACGAACGAUGACCUGGGUUGCGGGAUAAUGCGGUUGGUGUUCAUCAUCAGCUGUUGAGGAAACCCUGGGUUGAUGCUUGGAGGAAUGAAAACACUUUCUUCUAAAACGGACAGUGGUACGUACCUGGGAUAUCUUUCUUGAUCCUGCCUGGGGACUUUUGCUGGUUUAUCGUCAACCCUUCGUUUUUUUCAAGUCCGGACGCCAUUGACAGUUGACGCAACGCCAUGCCAGCCAGCUCGACCGCCACCCUGAGCCCACCGUCUAACAAUCCCGCCGCGACCGGACCCUGCUGGGACGGUCCUGGGCCGUCGUCACGGGACCCAGAGUCCCCAGCUUCCUCGGGGAUGCCGGAUCUGGAUCGGAUGAACAUAGUAAAAGGAAUUCACAAGCACAACGAACGCCUAGACAGAGCACAGCACACCACACCCUCAAAGGGAGAUCCACCUUGCCACCGUUUGCAGCCGUGCGGUGCGCCCUCCAGCGGUUUGGAGCUGCUCACGGGGGUGUCAGAGUGGUACCGACUGCACUGGCAAAAUGGCGCGGGAAGCAGUCGUGGAGGCUUCAAGGGACGGGAAGGUAGACCAACGCCAAAUUUACCGGGUCUAGAGUCGUUCUGCCGCCCUUGGAUGCAAGACAGCCGUGGCGUUCAGGGUUCAAUCUCUCCGCGGGAAAACGUCUCCGCUUUCCCGUUGCAGCCCGCUCCUUUGUCCCGGCAAGAAGCGCCAGAUUUGACUGCCACACCACGAGUGUCAAGUCCUCCUGGCAACUGCCAAAGCAGCACAUGGAAUAAAGAAGAUGUGUUGGGAGGGGUCGACUCUUCGUCAAGUGGACACUCAAAAGAAAAUACCAUCGCCGGUACCUACCCCCUGCAUCCUGCAAGCGCCGACCAUAGAGCGCCUCGAAGCCCCGAGAAAAGCCGACCCUGGAAAUCCCAUCAAAUACAGAGCCGAUUUGAGGUGACUGAGGGCGCCCCAUCUCUCUGGCAUGGCGACAUUCAGCGUCAGGCCAGCUCGAGCGAUGAAGACACCUUGGACACGAACACUGGCAAGAAAUGUAAAAGAGAUGUGACAAGAGGCGAAGUUGGCGGCCAUUGCAGCCAUGACACCGGUGUUCAAACGAGGAGACCUAUCAGUCUCGUAGUCAAAAUCAACAAGAAAGACCUUCGGAUCACUAACAGCGACGAUCGACCAACGUCCCUGAGUUCGUUCAAUAGCGCCACCAAAAACACAUGCGCCAGCAGCACUCUCGGUCAAAAUGUUGAAUCCUCAAAUGGUGCGCUGAAGGGAAAGGCUUCUCCCACCAGUCAUCUCAACAGCAGAGCUUUUAUCAACAGUGCCCUCAGUAACAUUGCAUUCGUCAACAGCUCUCUCAGUGCUACAAAUACCUCUGCACGAAUGCAAGACUUAUCCGGUAAUGCUGAAACUUUUAUGGAGGCUAGAAAUGUCACGAUCAGUAAAGACAGAGACAUGCGCACAGGUGCUGCCAGGCGUUUGCCGACAGGUAACGACAAAACGGAAAAUGACCAACCAAACAACGAUCAGAAGCACCAACGUCAAAACGGGGCAGGCAUUGCAAGACUGCCUACCGGCGGGAAUUCGGGAGCACACGGCCUGGCCAGCAUACCGACGGAACACCUCCCCCCACGCAAGCGCCACAAGAGGGCUUCCAUCUCAUUAAGUCUGGCCACAAACGGGAAUCCCUCGUGCGGAGAACACCCAGCAAAUUCAGAGUCAGCCAGCGAAGGGAGCCGUGCCAUUCCGAUUCGGGGUGGCCGUAACGUGAGUGAAAAGCUCGUGCAGCCCAGUCCGGAGGCUAGCCCCCGUCCAGUCGAGAAACCCUGUAAAAAUGACGAAUCACAACGGUCGCAAUCGGGAGAAAGUGACAGCAGCGUGGUCAGAUCUGGCCGGGAGUUCGCAGGUAAUGGCGCCGGCGGUGGCGAUAGUCCGCAAGUUUGCAGAGAGGGUGAAAAGUGUGCAGAGAUGGCGCCUGAGACGACAGCACAAUCGGGGAGAGUGCCUUCUACAGAUCUGAGCGAGGAGACCAGUGAACUCUCUCCUUUCACGCCCACGCCAAGCAGCUCAUCACGUGCGACCCCAGACGUCGCAGCUAGUCUCUCAAACCAACCACAGUCUACGCAAUGCGAACAAUACACGCACCUCUUCAUGCACGGAGGAAUGGUGGACACUAGGCCCUUCGACCAAGAGUUACCGCAACCACCGCCAAUCUACGGCCACCUGCCUGCUCCAAGCUACACCGCGAAGGGCCCGAUCAACGAUACCCCACCUCCCAUUGGUCCCCUUGCCCCACCCCUCGACCUGUAUCAACACCCCCAGCCAUUCCCGCUGCCGCCCUAUCCCCAUCACCGAUUCGUCUACGACCCGAGGCUGACCAUGAUGCCGCCUCCAACAUACACCACCAACUCGUUGAUGACACCUUACCCUUGCCACGGUGACGUCAGUUCGCAACAUGGCGGCGCACACACUCAUCCAUCCCGAGGGGGUGCCUACUCACCCCUGCCGUACCAACACACCCACCCAGUUGGGCACCCACUUGAGGCUUAUCCCAUGAGCAGGGUACAUCCUCCUCAGUGCUAUGCUUUCUCACCGUACACCAGUCCGCCCUUGCCGCCGUCGAAUCCUUCACAGUCUGGCGAUGGUCUUCUCCAACCCUUGACAACUGUGCCAUGCCCUGCUCUCCAUCACUCAACAUACACUGCUCCUGUGCAUCACCCGUCUCCAUACACACUCCCCGUCAACUCAGCAGUUGCAGCUUCCCAACCAACUCCGACAACCGCCGACACAACUCUGACAACUGACAGUGCAAUGAACCAGCCGCAACCACCGCAGCCCCGAAACAGGGCAAUGAAUCCGCCCAGCACGCAAGCUCCGGUGCCCUCUCGCCCGGGCCAACCCGAAACCCAUUUCGCUCCCUUGAAGCGUGCUCCCGGAAGAUCAAGAAACAGCAACCACCUGUCGAGUGGGGUCACUCUUGGCGAGACCUCGUUUCUCUGCGAAGUCUGCAACAAAGUGUUUCCCUUGCAGCGUCUCUUGAAUCGACACAUGAAGUGCCACAGCGCCACCAAGCGAUACAACUGCGCCUUCUGCAGCAAAGGUUUCAACGACACCUUUGAUCUCAAGCGACACGUCCGAACACACACAGGCGUCCGUCCUUACAAGUGCGAGCACUGUAGCAAGGCCUUCACCCAGCGCUGCUCGCUGGAGUCCCACCUGUCCAAGGUACACCGCCUCCUCCACGACUACAACUUCAAGCAGCGGCGCUCCAAGGUCUUCGUCUGCGAGGAGUGCGGGGCCACCACAGAGCAGGCGGAGGAGCACUACGCCCACAUCCGCGACGCCCACCCGAACAGCGCCGAACUGCUCAAGUUCCAGGACAAGCUGCAGUUCCAGAAGCUCCUGCGCCGGGGCGAGGGGGCGACGUCGCCCGAUGACGUCGGUCAGCCCGACCGCGUCAGCUUGGCCGAACCGCCGACGACAUGCGGCUCGUCGGCGCCUCCGGGACCGACGACGUCCUCCGUCGUCGCCGAAAACGGGAUGCCGGACACUACUCCGGUGAAGUCACAGUGACGGCGGUGGUGUGUAUUUGUGUGUGGGGGGAGGGGAUGAUGCGUGAUUCUUUCGAAAGUGGCUCCGACGACUAAUGACUCAUUUUGUUAGGCUGGGUAGAGGUUCCCCAACCCCGCGUGAAGCUUGUAAUUUUCUUUCACUUGUCAUCAAGAUUACGUGCAUGAGUCGUUUGGAAAUCAAUUUUAAAUGUAAAAUGUAAAACCGUCCAAGCAUUAAGAUUUUAAUAUUUGUAUAAAAGGAAAAGAAAAAUCACUUAAAAUAAUUCUCGCAAGUCUGAAAUACGCUUCGCUCUCUCAGGGAAAUAUGACCCGUGUAAAUAUUGUCUUUGCCAAAAGGAAUAAGGGCCAACCAAACCGAACUCGAAAGACGUACCAUACUGCCACCAUUUUGAGCACCAAACUUAGCAAAUGCCUUUGUUUAGAAGGUGCAUCUCUGUGUUUGCAGUGCAGUCCAACUAUAACGCAAUAGGACAGAUUGAUCUGAAAUUCGUUCUUUUUUGCCAAAUGUUCACUGAUGGAGUUGUAUUUUUGUAUGGUUGUAUUUUUAUACUCAACCUGUGUGUGUGUGAAUGAACAUGUACGUAGCUGUAUCGUGCGAUUGCUCGCCGGGCUAAACGUGACGGCUUGCACAAAAUGUGACCGUUCUUUGUCGACAAGGAUCGAACAUCGCUGAAAAGAGCAUGCUUCUCUGCAGAUGGGUAUGAAAGAGUUCUUUUUAUCAGACUCUUGAUAGUCUCACACUAUCCAAAACAUCGCCCAGUACGGUUUCUGGCGAUUGCACGCCGGUGAAAUGUUUUUUUACGCCAGGUUGCACUUGCGAAAACAAGUCACCACCAUAGGAUAUGUAUGCUGAAUAGGGAAAGUGUAAGUAAGUAAGCUGGAGUCCGGCGGCUUGAAAUUAAACGCUACCAAUAUGGGCAGCUGCCAUAUGGCCGGUAACAUUGACUCAUGCGUAAUUCCAAGCUGCAGACAAGUACUUCGAACGUGUCCUAACUUACCUGGGUGUAAACUUGUUUCUUUUUUCCGGGGUAAUAGCUUAUGCCUUGUUAUUCUAGAAAGCUUACACCUUGAAGUGGGUAACAAAGUAUUUGGAAAGAUUAGAAAGGUAAAAAUGGGUCUUUGUCGGACUUAACCUUACCGACAUACUUUUAUACCUGUUUACUGCAUGUACAUAUAUGUUCAUGGUUGGACAGUCAAAAUGCGUGUGAACACAAUUGUUAGUGCAAUCAAGUGUAAUGUGUCUCUCCCGUGCAUGCGUUGGCGUAAAAUGUAGCUGUGUACUGUUUUUCUUUAUUUUGCGUAAGCUGUAAAACCCAGGGCGGGGGGCAAUGUCAUAGAGCUACUAAGCACAAAAUUUGCUUAAGCAUGAAAAAAUCCUGCUUGACAAAUCAGGUUACCAGCUAAAACUUUAUGUGAUGUACAUACGGUUUUGGAAUGGUAUUCAUCUGUCUUUUGUACAGCAUGGCAAUCACAAAGAUUUUGCAAGGUUUUCUGCGCUUAAGCAAAUCUUGUGCGUAUGAAAUUGGCUCCUGCAGGUUCUUGCGAAAACAUUGACUAGGGCUCUUAGGUUCCUUAUUUUACGUUGUAGAUUAAUGUCCAUGCACUGAAAUUGAACAACUGCAGAUUUGCCGUUGGACCCCUUUUACAAACGAACUGAAUUUCUUUUAUAAUUCACACUGGAAAUACGUACGUAUUCUCAGUUUUCCUUAGUGGUAGAUAAAAUGAUAUAGCUAUGUUAGUUCCGAAUUAUCUCUUUUCUUUAACCUCGUAUGCCAUAUAUUUGGAGAGGGAUUCUUCACAUUUAGAGCUGUAGAAAGUAGACGGUUAUAUGUAGACGGUGCAUUUAUAGUUUGUGUAGGAAUUUUGCCUUCUUUUACUGGAGUGGUGGUUGUUUGGUAGGGGGCCUAAGGUGCUGAUCUCUCACGUUUGUAAUGCGUCGUGUUUUAUCGAAGGUUUUUCGUGCAUUUCUCUCGUGCGCAGUAAUGUGACAUGGAAGGAAUCUUUGAGGCUCCCGUGGUGCGCAAAGGGGAAAACUGAGGGUAGAUAAACUUUUGCUUCUCCAUGUCUAGACCGUGAAGGGCGACACCCCCUCCCGUGCAAACAGGUCCAGAGUUUUACUCGAGGUUCCAUCGAAAGCCGACGUCAAUGGCAUGGCAUCUGGGGCGACGUCAAGUGGUUUUACCAAACCAAAAAAAAAGCAUACUUCUCUGUCCCAUGCACCAGUCUGAUAGUUUUCAAGGCCUCUUAUGCUUCUAUUUUUUGCAGAUCAUGGGUCUGUUUUCAACUGAUGCCAUGUUGUUUCUAGCCAAUGUAUAUUAACUGCUUAUUCCCCGUCCUCUUCGUCGCAUGAAAUAACCUUUUACUUUUUGAGUUUUCGCGGAACUGUACAAGAGUUUGUAUGUGAGAGAAGUCUUAUUAUAAUUGUGCAAUUCGCUUGAUUUGUGUUACAUGUAACAAACAGAGUUCUUAAAAAAGUAAAAUAUUGUGCUUUUUAAUUGGGGCUAAUUUUAUGUAAUAUUGUUUGUGGACUUAAGAAUAAAGAACCGUCCAGUACAAAACACAAAAAUACCUGUUUACCUUAAUAUGUAAUUGAAUUACCUUUAGCCAACAACACCAAUUUUGUUUUUUAGUAAAUACUGGA